CGCUCUGCAAGCGGGCAGCCCCGCUGGGGCCGAUGCCCAACGAGGAUAUUGACGUCAGCAAGUUGGAAGUGCUGGAAAAAUACCGCAGUUUCACUCGGUACUUCAAACUGGCGGAAAAAGAGAGCAGGAAACCGCGCUGGUGGAAGACGUACCGGCAGCACACCAGCCCCCAGCCAGAGCCAAUGACAGACAUCAGCCUGCCACGUGAUCAGAAGCUGCAAGCAAAGGAAAUCAAGGAAAGAAAAAAGAUCCUGAGGGAGAACCACCAGAGUGCUGAGAUGGAGAGAGCAGCGCGGCUCCGGACUGCGCUGAUUCCCCUCGAUGAAGUCAGAGCUGAGUGGGAGGAGACCAGCGGCCCGUUCCACAAGCAGCGCGUGGCGGAGCGCUGCGGGAUAUUCCGUGACUUGUUCAAAGGAGCCACGUUCACCCCCUGGGUUCCCCUGAGGGUGGAAUUCAGCCAAGAAGACGAGCACCUCGUGCCAGUUUAUUAUGGGAACAUAGUGACACCGUCAGAGGCUUCCAGUCCCCCUGCAGUGUCGUACAAGGCAGAUAAAGGUUCCCUCUGGACUUUGUUGCUCACAAAUCCAGAUGGACAUUUAAGAGACACGGACUCGGAGUAUCUCCACUGGCUGGUGACAAACAUCCCAGGCAACGACAUCGAGUCGGGUAAGGAGAUCUGCCAUUACUUGCCCCCGUUCCCUGCCAUGGGAACUGGCUACCAUCGCUUCAUCUUCCUCCUCUUCAAGCAAGACGGCCCCAUAGAUUUCAGCGAGGACGUCCGGCCAAUGCCAUGCCACAGCCUCAGGAUGAGAACCUUUAGCACGUUUGACUUCUACAGAAAACACGAGGACGCGAUGACCCCAGCAGGGCUGGCAUUUUUCCAGUGUCAGUGGGACAGCUCUGUCACUCGGGUGUUCCAUCAGCUUCUCAAUAUGAGAGAACCUGUCUUUGAAUUUGUGCGGCCGCCCGUUUACCACCCUCCACAGUUAAAGUUCCCGCGCCACCAGCCUCUGAGGUACCUGGACAGAUACCGAGACACCCAGGAGCCCACCUACGGCAUUUACUAG